AUGGCCCCUAAGAAAAGAAAUCGUGGCUUUGUGAGUAAGAGAGAGAGCAAUGAACCCAUCCUUCUGGAGGAGCCCUAUAAUGGAGGAACCGGGAAGACAUUAGUGUGCCUCUGUGGAAAAUGCAUCUGCAAGAAGCACCACUGUCCAGUUCACCUCAGUACUACAGGAGCCCUAAUAACAGACCAAGGACUGAAGGCGUCUUACUUCCCGAAAUCAGACUAUCAGGAGACCUUUCGUCAUAUUUACCCCCAGGGAUGUCGACCCUCGCUCAAAAUACCCCCCACAGUCCGACACAUACCCCUCACAUCUUGUCAGCACGAUCUAGUCACUGUAAAUCGUCAGGAGUACACUCAACACCCAUUGCAACCGAAAACAGUCUCCUUUAAACCGCAAGCAACCGUACACACCGCUAAUACGCAGGUUCAGAGCAGUACUUCAUACAAAGAGGAUUUUCCACCUCGAAAACCUGUGAAGAUUAGUCGACACCCGAACAGAGCACUUCAAUCAACACUAAGGCGCAGCUGUCAUGAUGACUCAUUUGCAGAUAGCUACGUGACAAUGAAUCAGAAAAUGCUCAAGGAAUGGCCAGAUUAUCACUGCCCACAAUCUUAUGGAGAGCCUAUAACAGCACCAUUUUUUCAAGGGGAAUUUGACGGAAAGACUGUGUUUCAGAAUGAUUUCAAAAAAGAUGUUAUAUUAUUUGGCCGCCCUAGCACCAGCUUUAAGAAAUCUGAAACGACACAUGUUAAAAAUGCAGCGUUCCACAGUGAGACAACCAACAAAUCAGAUUACAAGCUGCCACAGAUAUUUACUAGAGAGCAAGUUCAUUUGAGACAAGAUGCCAAGAAAAACAAGGAAACAAUGGACACUAGUAACGAAAAAAUGGACGCUCUCACACAAUACCAACGAGACAACCCGGGAUUUCGCCACCUUCCAGUCAAGCAAUGCUUACUUGCACCUCAACCAGACAAUCUCAAGCUUUUUGCAGGCCCACAACAAACUAUUACAGAGAACCAAGCUAAUUAUAAGUACUUCCAGAAUGCACCCAGACCGAGAACAACUUGCAAGAAAAAACAACAGCACCAUGCAAAUAGUGGACAGUUUGACGAUCGUACCUCAUUCAAAACUGAUUUUCAACCAAUUCCACUGGAAGAGAUGAUGGCACAAGCACAAAUUGACAAGCAGGCUGCAGCUAUUGGCGCCACAUACAAGAUGGGAGCUCAAGCAAAGCAGGCGCAAGAUUAUGGCCAUAGAUUUACUGGAAAAACGACCAAUAGCGUCCAUUUCCAGCAGUGGAAUGUGAGUCCCCGAAUUCGCCAUGGAGAUCGAUCCGAGAUAACAUACCGUCCGUCCAAUCAUCCAUUCAACGUCAAGUCCGAGACGAGUACAAAUUUUGUUCCCAUGACAGUGAGGCCCUCUAAGAGUUGCAAGCCUUUGGACGUUCAUUUUGGACAGCAGAGCUCUCUCUGUCAAGCAAUGGCCAGUACAACAUCCUAUGGAGAUCACUUCCUGCCCAAGCCGCUGCCACCCAAGGAACAGUGCCCAGCAGAACUCCUACUAGGUUUAUAG